CCAGUGGGGCUAUUACGUCUCGAUGUGUCAGAGGGAGUCAGGGCGAGUCUUGACUGCAGACAUCGUCGAGUAUGCAACCAGGAUGCGCAUCAAUAUGAAAAGAAACCUUCGCAUUUCUCUGAACGUUUUAUCAUUGAGAAACGUGUGACUGCUCAGAUCAGCACACAAGGGAAACCAGCGUACACACACACAUCUCAAAGAACUGUCGUGACACACGAGUGUUGGAUUUUGAGUCUGCGUCGUCAUCGUUCUGCUCUUCAGCCCUUCUUAUUCUCAAAUCCGUCCUCAACCCCGACGUGAACCCACCAUGUCCGGGAAGGAGCGCAGCCCCCGCCAUCGGCCAUGGUCUGUCUACCGGGCCAACACGUUUGAUCUCUCAGCUGAGAUGAUGGGGCUGGCUCUGUCAGGCAACAGUCAGGAUCCAGACGAGCCUGUGCUGGAGUUCAGCGUGGCCUGCAGUGAGCUGGUCACUCCCUCUCUGGACCGCAAGCCAACCAGCUUCGUCGCCAUCAGCUGCACCACUCCGCCCCAGGCCUUCUGGACCAAGCACGCUCAAACUGAAAUCAUAGAGGGCACCAGUAACCCAAUCUUCCUGAGCAGUGUAGCAUUCUUUCAGGACUCUCUGAUCACUCAGCAGACUCAGGUCAAGCUCUCUGUCUACGAUGUAAAGGACCGCUCGCAGGGCACUAUGUACAUGCUUGGUUCGUCCAUGUUUUCUGUGAAAGAGCUGCUGCAGGACAAACACCACAGACUGCACCUGACUCUCAGGUCAGCGGAGAAUGAGCGUGUGGGGAACAUCACCGUCAUCGCCUGGCAGAUAGAGGAAAAGCGCGAGCAGAGAGCUCCCGUUGCAAGACUUCAGAGAGGAGACACUGUUAAUGGAAGGAUGGUUCUCCCUGUUGAUGAGAGCCUGACUGAAUCCAUGGGCAUUAAAUCCAGAUCUUCAUCUCUGUGUAAAGACCCACUGCUAAAGGCUGUGUUUGGGGGCGUCAUGUCGCGAACAUACCGGUUCCCCACCACAGACGGCAACCACCUUCGGACCCUGGAGCAGAUGGCGGAGAGUGCGCUGUCUCUGCACAUCCCUCGACAGUUUGUCAAACUGCUGUUGGAGGAAGAUGCUGUCAGGGUGUGUGAGCUGGAAGAACUGGGCGAGCUGUCUCCAUGUUGGGAGAACCUGAGGAGGCAGAUCAUCACUCAGUAUCAGACCAUCAUCCUCACCUACCAGGAGACCAUAAGUGACCUGCAUGAAUACAAAGGUCCAUCAUUUAAGUCAAGUACCUUGAAAGCUGAGAGGAAGUUGGAGUUUAUUCCUACUAACCUGCACAUCCAGAGGAUGAGAGUACAGGGAGAGUCUGGCUAUGACCGGACAUAUGAUGUCGUGACUAUUGGUGCUCCUGCUGCACACCAUCAAGGCUUUAAAGGCUGCGGCCUCCGAAAACUGCUGCAAAAGCUUGAAGAAGCCAGGAAACACACUUAUGGGGAGGAAAGCUCUGCUGGCUCUGGCUCCAAAGGAAUGGCGUACCAGCCUCAGGAUGUUGUGAAAGCGAAGGAGCUGAUUGCUCAGAUUAACACUCUGAAGACACAAGUGUGUUACUACACUGAACGUCUGUCUCGAGCCGCCAAAGACCGCUCAGCCAACGCUCUGGAGAGAACCCUGGCCAUCCUAACAGAGAAGACUCGGCAGUUGGUGACUGUGUGCGACUCCAAGUUGCUGUCCUCAGCCAUCCUCGCUCUGGCAGCUGCCCGCCCAGAGUUCACUCAGCAAGGCAGCCCAUCCCCAUCCUCCUCCUCUCUCUCCCCCUCCUCUUGUUCCCCAUCACGCUCCCCCUCCCGCCACCCGACCUCCCCAUCUCGUGCUGCCACCUCGCCUUCUCGCCAUGCAACUCCUCCGGAGGGCAGCGAAGGGAGUAAAAACAAGCGCACCUCCUUUCAGGCAGAUCUGCACGAGGAUGAGUGGGAGAAGGUUUGGCUAAAUGUUGAUAAGAGCCUGGAGUGUGUGAUCCAGAGGGUGGACAGGCUGCUGCAGAAAGACAAACUCCAGAGCGACAGUAGCUCUGAGGAUGUAUUCCUGCUUGCCACUGAGGAGCCGAGUAAUGCUAAGAAAGAUAGCAGCCCAGAGGUAGACAAGACGUCCCCAGGUGAGUGGAGCGACGCUCUGUACCCUCUCCUCACCACGCUGACUGACUGUGCGUCUCUAAUGAGCGACAAAGCCAAGAAGGCCAUGGUGUUUCUGCUGAUGCAGGACAGCGCCCCCACCAUCGCCAUGAGCCUCACCCUGCAGUACCGCCGCGACGUUGUCUUCUGCCAGACGCUGACGGCGCUGAUCUGCGGCUUCGUUAUAAAGCUGAGGAACUCUCUCUGUGACUCAGGCUUCCUCAGGCAGCUACACACCAUCGGCUUACUGGUGCAGUAUGAGGGCCUGCUCAGCACCUACGGUGAGGAGUUGGCCAUGCUGGAGGACAUGAGUGUUGGAGUGAUGGACCUGAGAAAUGUUACCUUUAAAGUUACCCAGGCAACUUCAGGUUUCGCCCCGGACAUGCUGCCGGUGAUCACAGGAAACAGGAACGGCUUCAACGUCAGGGUUCCUAUGCCCGGGGUGAUGUUCGAUACGUUGCCACGAGAGAUCCAGAACGGGAUGCUGCUGCGUGUGCAGCCCGUCCUGUUCAACGUGGGGAUCAACGAACAGCAGACGCUGGCUGAGAAGUUUGGAGACACGUCACUACAAGAGGUGAUCAACAUGGAGAGCAUGACACGCCUCAGUUCAUACUACGACCAGUUUAAAGAAGUCCUGCCAGAAGACUGCCUGCCUCGCUCGCGCAGUACCACCAGUCUGCCCGAGCUGCUUAAACUGCUGAGCCAGAAUGUGAAUGCCAAGAAAAGCAAGAACGUGGAGAUUUUGUGGCAAGCAGCUGAGGCAUGUCGCCGCCUGAACGGAGUGCGUUUCACCAGCUGUAAGAGCGCCAAGGACCGCACAGCCAUGUCUCUGACCCUGGAGCAGUGUCAGAUCCUGCAGCAGGAGCACGCCCUCGCCCCACAGGUCUUCUACCAGGCCUUGGACUGUAUGCGCAGUGAGGGCUGCAGGAGAGAGAACACCAUGAAGAAUGUGGGAUGUCGUAAAUACGCCUUUAACUCUCUCCAGCUCAAGGCCUUCCCCAAACAGUAUCGCCCUCCAGAGGGGACAUAUGGGAAGGUUGAGACCUAAGCGGACUCCUCUUACUGGAGGAAACCAAAAGACUGAAGGGGAUAAUGAUGAUAGCACCACACAAAGAAAAAUACCAACACAAACUGGAACAACAGCCCUUUGUUUUGUGCUUAGUCACUGUUAAGAUGAUAAAUGUCCAAGUGCCAGUGCUACUCUAGUUUGUUUUAUAGAAGUUCCCCCUCUCCUUUAGCGUUACUAGAAUCCCACACUUUUCACGGCCACGUCACAGCCAAAAACAUUAAAGAUAUUGCUUUCUGUCUUACAUCGUAGCCAGGGCCCAGAAAACACUGUUGUACCAGUUGUAGCAUCAGGAAGUGUACAACUGAGUUAUUUAACUUGUGUCCCUAGAAAUAAGAUGUGUGCAAAAGUCUCUAGAAAGAUGAUGUGGGACACAUAUUUAUCGUUGUCAUUUUGUGCUUUUAUUUUAUCAGUUCAUCCGUUAAAAGUUAAGGCUGUCAACGUUUACUGUUUACUGUCAACAAAUUCCUUACAAAGACCAAAAACAACAACAAAUGAAUCCUACUAACAAGUAUUGUCUGUGUAGCCAAAACCUUUUGUGUCGUAUUCUGAUCAUAAAGCUAGAAACACAUCAGUGAGCCACACUGUUGCACUGGCUGACAUGUUCCUUCAUUACGGUGAACAUAGGCCCUUUUGUUUUGUUUGUUUGUUUGUUUAUUUGGAGUCAAGUCAACGUACACUGCCCUGCAACAGUAAAACUCACUAUUAAUCAGCCCCUGAAAAUAGUCCCCAAGAAAACGCACUAUUUACCCCUGUUUAAGUUAUAGUUGUCAUAAACUACAGCUGUUUUAGGAGCCCUUUAAAAAAAAUAUAUUUAAAAUAUUUUAAAGAUAUGUGUUCAGGAGGAACAAAUGUGCUUGGGGCUGACAGGGUAGGAAAAUCUGAAAAUGUUGAGAAACAGGCUAACACGUGUUUUUCGGUCUUUUCUUGGGAUUUGUUGACAAUAAGAAAAACUAAUAAUAAUGCAACCUUAUCCUUUAAGGCUACACUAGGCAAAAUAUUACUUACUGAUUUUUUUGUCGAGUCUGGUCAGUUUUCCUAAAAGAGAUCACAAAUUUAACCUAAUGGUAACAGCAGCAAGUGUUUGAUUGUGCUGUUGGAGAUUACAUAAUGUGAAAAGAUUUCCUAAAAAAUGUUCCUUGAAAAUAUGUUUUUAAGAAUAUUACUGUAUAUGUCGCUGCCAUUUGGAGCCGCCUACAUGUGAAGUUGCCUGGUGUAGCUCUGAUUAGACGAUCAGGUUUGUCAAAGUCUUUGGCUGUUAACAUAUUUCUCUGGACCUAAACUGCACUGCAGAAUAACAGCUGUUAAAGUCAAAGCACUUACUUUGUUUAUUUCUGUGCUUUGAGCCUGUUGUCUUGUUCCCUCCCACUGUCUCUCCUUCUUCAAUCACAUCAAUAUACAACAACAUCUCACUCUCUACAACAAGCACAGGUCUUUAAAAAGUACAUAUCUGGCAUUUGUAUUACAGUGAUGUCUCAUCUAAUGUGAUUUCUGUUGUUCUUCAGUGGUUCACAAACCGUGGACUUCAGAAGUGAUGCAUCACAUUAUUCUAUAACUCCAACACAUGUACAGAUGUUUAAGACAUUUCUGCAGGUUAUAUGCAGCACUAUAGUGGUUCGAUCUAACCCUUCAGACGUGGGUUUUUAUUUAUGAAAAGCGUGUGUUCUCAGUUUUACAGCACUCAGUUGAAUUAUGCAGAACUUUGUGAUCAAAAUUGCAUUAAAACUUGAUUCAUUUAACCUGCAUGAAGAAAACCCCACUGCUUUACACUGUUGCAAUUAUAUAUUGAUGCAAUUGAGAGUAACCAUGAGCACUUGACAGAUGUUUUCUAGCCAGAAGUGAAAUAAUGCAUAUUGCAUUAUUCUGCUGACCAUCAACAACACCUCUUCUGUUGUCAGUUUACCAGCUCCAAUGUACCUUAUUGUACAAAACUUACAGAGACAGUGGAUUUUAUUUUGAAAAUGUUAUUUUGCUUACAGGUAUUUAUGUUGAUAUGGCUGUUGUUGCCAAAUGCUGUUAUAGUUUUAUCCAUUGUUAUUGAGUAAGUUAUGACCUCGUUCUGAUCAGUUGUACAUGCACACAGGUUGGACAGGGGAGUUUUGGAGAUGCCUGCACCCCCACAGAGGUAUGACAUGGACCUGGAUAAUGAAUAAAGGCUGGUCAAUGCCAAA